CGGUGACAUCGCGUGAUGGAAUGCACAACCACAUCCCGAUGCGGCUACCGCCUCGCCACUUCCGCCUUUUGGAAACAUGGCGGCCCCCGAGACGCGGCCCAGAUUGGACGCCCCGGAGCAGAUGACGAUGUGAUUGGCUGCGUGCUGGAUGACGCCAAGGGGGCGGGUCCAGACGGUGAAUUGGGGCGGCAUGUCGUGGCCGGGUCUUUUGCUGGCCUGGCUGUCGCCGGGUCGGGCGAUGAGCCGGUGUGUUUUGGAACCUCGGUCCCCAGGAAGGCGAUGGCUGGGAAUGCUCUGCGAUCAGGGGUGAUGGGAGUUUUGUGGUCUCAGUUUCCCCGAUGCCGCCUGCAGGUGGCUGGCCUGGGGAACCCCGGGCUCCCCAGCACGCGGCACAGCGUGGGUAUGGCAGUGCUGGGGCAGCUGGCACGGCGUCUAGGAGUGGCGGAGAGCUGGGUGCGCGACCCGCGCUGUGCCGCCGACCUCGCCGUGGCCCCGCUCGGUGAUGCCCAGCUGGUUCUGCUCCGGCCGCGACGGCUCAUGAACGCCAAUGGGCGAAGCGUGGCCCGGGCCGCGGAGCUGUUUGGGCUGACGGCAGAGGAGGUCUACCUGGUGCACGAUGAGCUGGACAAGCCCCUGGGGAAACUGGCGCUGAAGCUGGGGGGCAGUGCCAGGGGCCAUAAUGGAGUCCGUUCCUGCAUUAGCUGUCUCAACUCCAGCGCAAUGCCGAGGCUGCGGGUAGGCAUCGGGCGCCCCACACACCGCAGCGCAGUGGAGGCCUAUGUCCUUGGCUGCUUCACCCCUGAGGAACAGGAGCUGCUGCCCUCGCUGCUGGAUGGCGCCACUGAUCUGCUCUUGGCUCACAUCCGGGCACGCAGCCAGAAACCCUCACCCGGCCCCUGACACCAGUGGACAUGUUUGCUGCCAGAUUGCAGUACAUGAAAACUCAGCCGUGGCCACAGAGCCACCACGCCCAUUAAGGGUGUCUACUUUUUAUGGAACUCUUCUCUGGGAUGUCCCCGUCCUCUUACAGAUUCCAGGGAGUGACUGUGGCCAGAACAGUCCAUGUCUGGGGUAAGGUAGGGUUGGUCUCACCAGGUGCUACUUGGGAUGCAGGAAAACUUCAGGGAAGACUGAACUUUUUGAGCCUUCUUAGCACACCGGAGGCAUAGAUCUGUAGGAUUAAAGAUGCCAGCUUAGAUGAUGAAUCCUCCCAGGGGACAGUGGCUAAUCUCAACUUUCUCCUGUCAGUGGGGUGGGGACAACAAGGUCCGGCAAGCCCCCUACACAGGGGAUGUGUGGGCAUGCCCUGCCCCACCUUCCUUCAGCACAUUUUACAAAAGGGGAGGCUCAGGGAUGUCCAGUCACACCCAAAGGCUACACAGCUGUGUCCCAGCAGAGCCACACUAUGCACCCACAGCUGCUGUCCUGCUGUCCCUGGGCCC